AUGAAAAGUACUCCAUGUUGUAGACGAACAUUCUGUGGCGCAGCUAUCUUUGAUUAUGAAGAAAUCACGAACUAGAGACCGGAACAGUGUUUGAUUUUCGGUUGAGUAAAUCGGAAACCAUACACUUCCAAGAAUUUCCGAAGAUCCUUCAGCAUCGGUUUGAACGACAACGCUCCACAUCCCCGGCUUGAGAUUUGUAGUGUUGAGCUUCUGUAGAUUCAAGGAAGCAAACUGGGUCCCACGAAUAGAAUCAUAAGGACGAAGCUUCUGAGUAGCAAUUGCUUUUUGAUUAGGACCUCGCCAUGUGAACCGUAUGGGGGGACUGGUUUUCGUUUCAUUGACGGUGGUCGCUAAUUCAUAUACGCGACUCCAACGCAGAGCCACGGUAGGUGAAGAGUUCAAAUCAGCGUAAGCAGUUAUUCCACGGAAAAACUCCUCCUUAUGGUCUAUAUCUAUUCCAGCCAUGAUCACCUCCAGCUUGAAGCCAUCUGUAAUCGCAGGCGAGACUAUGUUAGACACCAACUUCCGCUCAACCAAAAGUUGCAGUGGAACAGGAGAAGAACGAGUCUGAAACCGAUAAAUAUUCCAAAAAUUAUUUAUCUACAACAGGGAAAAGCUCAUAUUGUGGUCAACUCAUUCAUCACGACACUCUGA